UUCACCUCCCCUCUGAAAUGUUACGUACAUCUUUUUUUUUCUCACACUUCCUAUUAAUAUCUCCAGCUCCACAUAUGUAUCAGUUUCGCAUUGUGAUAUUGCUGCUCCUUCACUCGUUCUUGCAUUUGCGGUCAGCUAGCUAUCUCAUCCAUUUGUAGUCUUUCUCUUCAGUUUGCUUCUCCCGCUUAAUUCUGCAACCCAAGAACUGAAGGGCGAAAAUCGAUAAGUAGAAUGACGGAAAAAGCAAUGGAAGUGGUAGGAUCAGCAGUUGCUCAGGAGAUUGUGAGUAGAGGCUUCUCCUUCGUGCUCAGCAGCCCGGAGAAGGUGUCCCAGGAGGACCUCAUUGAGAGGCUGGAGAUGGCGCACAUAAAACUGGAUGGGGCGCUCGAGAGGUCCAGGAUGAUGCCCAUCACCAUCAUGGCAUCACUUCGCCUAAGGAAGAAGUUGAAGGAUGUCUUCAAGGAGUGUGCUGAUCUGCUCGGCAAGGCGAGGGAUCGUCAGAAUGUGAUACCCUCUUUACGUAGAAAGGUAAUGCAUGCUGUGCUGCCCUCUUUCAUUGUCCCAAAUCAAGAUGUGCUGAGUAGCUCUGCUGUUCGAAAAUUUGAGCUGUAUGCCAACGAAGCCGAGAAGUUUGUCAGGGACCUGGAGUCCGGAUGUUCACUUUCUCACUACAGGUUUCUCAAUCCACUCAUCCGGCAUCUUCUUGAAGGAAAGAAUCUCUCCUAUCACAUGGUGCAAGGAAGCCAAACAUGUGGUCUUUCGAUAUGGACGGCUUCUGUGGAAGAGUAUGGUAGAGUCGCAAGGCUAGAUUUCGAUUACAAAGAUCGCAGGGCGCCACUUAGAAAUUUUCACCUAACGUUGGCUCUAAGACUAUAUGAAAGCACAGACAUACUUGGAGUUACCGCAAAAUGUUUGCAGUCACUUGGACCUCGAUUCAAGUCUUUGGCUGACGUUGCAACAGGAGAACUGACUCAAGUAUGUACACAAGAUGUUUCAUAUUACGAUCCAGUAUGUUCAGUAAUUUGGAGAAAUGUAGUUGGAUUGACUACAGGUUGGAGUCCAGACCCAUUUUGUUGCAUAGAAAAUGGGCCGACCAAGCCUUGUGCUAACAAUAUCAACUCGUCCGAGUUAACAGGCAGAUUCCCACAAGAAGUUAUGUUCGUUUCUUUUGACUGCCGUUUUUCAGCUUCUGAUUGCUCGCGGAGCUCAAAUGAUGAAGCUCAUAUAAACACCAUAAAAGCAUGGCCACCUCUAGAGAUGGCAGUUUCCUUUGCACCUCAUCUCCCAGAUAAACACCAGCGUGGGAGUAGCUUACACCAAUCAGAGGAGGAAAUACAAACAAAGGCGAUCAAUUGUUUCAUCCGUCACCCUGAGCGGACGGAAUUCCGUAUGUUUUGGGGCUCGGCACAUGGAUAUGCAAUCUUUCAUGUUCAGAAGCCGGUCACUAAAGCAAGGAGAGCAUCAAAGAGAAGGCGUUAGAAGUUUAGACUUGAAAGCAGAGAAAACCCUUCUAUUUGCUUAAUUAGCCUAUCAUGUGACUUGUACACAUGGAUGUGCUUGUAAGCCUACUGCUACGGGGCAGUUGUUUGGAUCAUGUACUAUUUAAGCAUAAGAACUAUCUUAUUUUUUUUCUUGUUAAUACAAUUGUGUAUGGCUUGUA